CUCAGAAGAUGAGGUGGACGUGCUCUUACACGGCACUCCGGACCAGAAGCGGAAGCUGAUCCGGGAGUGCCUGACUGGGGAGAGCGAAUCGUCCAGUGAGGAUGAGUUCCAGAAGGAGAUGGAAGCAGAGCUGAACACCACCAUGAGGACCAUGGAAGGCAAAUGGAAAUCGCCAGAAAUGGGUACUUCCUCAAGUACUGGGCAGACUGGACCUGCCACCACUUCAAAAUACUACGAUGACAUUUACUUUGAUUCUGACUCGGAGGAUGAAGAUAAAAUAGUUACACAGGACGUCCGGAAAAACAGAAAACAGCAGCAGCGUCGUAUUCUUUCCAACGAUGAACUGCUGUAUGACCCAGAAGAAGACAAUCGAGACCAAGAGUGGGUAGACUCACAGAGGAGAGGGUACCGUAACCAAAGGAGGGUACUGCAGCAGCGAGCAAAACCUUCAGCUGUUCCAAAUAGUGACGCUGUUUUGAAUUGCCCUGCUUGCAUGACAACGUUAUGCCUGGACUGCCAGAGGCAUGAAUCUUACAAAACACAAUAUAGAGCGAUGUUUGUGAUGAACUGCUUUGUUAACAAAGAGGAAAUUCUGAAAUACAGAAAGAAGCCAAAGAAAAGAAGUAAGAAAAUGAAGUACAGCAAAGAAACGACUUCUGUAGAGUCAAAUCAAGAAGAGGAGGAAGUGUAUCAUCCAGUAUCAUGUACUGAAUGCUCAACUGAGGUGGCAGUAAUGGAUAAAGAUGAAGUUUUUCACUUCUUCAAUGUUUUAGCCAGCCAUUGCUAAUGUGCAAAAGCAGGAGAAAAAUAUCCUGCACUGUGUAAGACUGUGUAAAGUAUCAGAAAUUCGGGCACGUUAGCCUUUUUUAAAUACAGUCCUUUAAAAGUGUAUGUUCACCAGAGAGCUUUAUAAUGGUUGGGUUUUUGCAAAGUUUACAAAAGGAACAGUUAGCUGCGUGCAUUUGAGAGCACUAUUCUUUCACACUGUCGGGUGGUUACGUCAUUGAGUAUUUAAAAUUCUGUAAAUACAAUGUAAAAUCUGUGUGUUAUGAUCAUUCCUUGUAUAUACACUAUCCAUUACCUCAGUAUGUAUUAGAACUUGUGCUCAGAAUAAAUACUGUAUAGUAACU